AUGGAUGCGAGCCCUCGGCAAGAAAAGAGCAGAGCCACGGACAAUGGCGGUGCCAACAAGGGCCCGCGGUUCUGGCUCGUCUUUGCCGCCAUCGCUCUAACCACCUUUCUCGCCGCCCUCGACACCUCCAUCCUCUCCACGGCGUUGCCGACCAUUGCAGCCGCCCUCGGCUCCGAAGAGCUCUACCUGUGGAUCACAAACGCCUACCUGCUCGCCUCGACGGCCACAAUCCCCAUCUUCGCCCAGGCCGCCAACAUCUACGGCCGCCGAAGCCUGACGCUGCUCGCCGUCUGCCUCUUCGCCCUCGGCAGCGGUCUCUGUGGCGGCGCCUCCUCUACAGCCAUGAUGAUUGCCGGCCGCGCCGUCCAGGGCAUCGGUGGCGGCGGUAUCCUUACCAUGUCCGAGAUUGUCAUCUGCGACUUGGUCUCGAUCCGUGAGCGCGGCCUGUACGCCGGAGUUAUCGGAGGCAUUUGGGCAAUUGCAGCCGUCGUCGCCCCCAUUCUCGGCGGUGCCUUUGCCCAGGGCUCCUCGUGGCGCUGGAUCUUCUACCUUAACCUCCCCAUCUCCGGCCUCGCCCUCGCCCUCCUUGCCCUCUUCCUCGAGCUGCACCGCCCCCCGGCCGGCCCCCUCCGUGACCAGCUGGCCCGCAUCGACUGGGGCGGCAGCGCCAUUCUCAUCGCCUCUGUUGCCUCCGUCGUUCUCGCCCUCGGCUGGGGCGGCACUCGCUAUCCCUGGUCCUCGUGGCGCGUUGCCCUGCCUCUUGUCCUUGGUCUUGCCGGCCACGUCGCCUUCUUCGCCUACCAAGCUGCCCCCUGGCUGCGCGAGCCGACGAUGCCGCUGCGCAUCUUUGGCAACCGUACCUCGGCCCUCUGCCUUGUCAUCAGCUUCCUCCACAGCAUGCUCCUUUUCUGGGCCUGCUACUUCCUGCCCGUCUACUUCCAGGCCGUCCGCGAGGCCAGCCCGAUGCGGUCCGCUGUCAUGCUCUUCCCCAUUGCGACGACGAGCGCCCCCGCCGGCGUGCUUGCCGGUGUUUUCAUCACCAAGACGGGCCGCUACCGCGUCUGGCAGCUGCUCGGCCUCGGCCUCAUGUCUCUUGGCUGCGGAAUGUGCAACCUCCUCAACGCCACCUCGCCGACGGGCCAAUGGGUCGGCUUCCAGCUCCUGCUUGGAUUCGGCUUCGGCUUCGUCUUCACCAGCACCCUCCCCCCCAUCCUGGCCAGUCUCGCCGAGUCGGAUGUUGCGACGGCCACCGGCGCUUGGACUUUCCUUCGUAAUUUUGGAUCCGUAUGGGGGCUUGCCAUUCCUGGCGCCAUCUUCAACACCUACUCAAGCAAUGCGGCGUCGCGCGUCUCCAACCCGGUCGUGCGGGAAAUGCUCGUCGACGGCGGCGCGUACGAGCGGGCGACGAAGCAGUUCAUGCUUACCCUCGACGGCAGCCCGGGCCUCAAGUCCGAGGUGGCGCAGCUGUACGUGGAUGGGUUGCGGGUCAUGUGGCAGGCGUCGAUAGCCUUUGCUCUCUUGGCCUUUGCGUGCGCUCUCUUUGUCCCCACCGUCGAGCUCCGCGACGAGCUCAACACCGAGUUUGGCUUGAAGGAGGGCGCCGGGUCGGGCGUUUUGAGCAACGACACGUCGGACAAGGAGUCUCCAUGA